AUGGCUUCGAGGCAGGUGCUGACCAGGAGCCUUGCUAUCUCAUUCUGCAUGAGUCGUCUCGAACGUACCGUCGACUUCUUAGUCCAGCGCAUCGAAGAGAUAUCCGGGCCUAGACAAGCAUCACCAUCAGCUACAUCGUCAAUAGGACAUGUAUCAAGUGAUCCUGGCUUAAGAGUUCCGUUAGAGGAGCCCUCUUCGGCCCCGCUUUUCGUCUUACGCGAUGUUGCGGCCGAAGCUGGUGUUCAGGCACCGCAAGAUGACACGAACACGCUGAAUUUGAGGCUGAAAGGUCGCGACAUCAUAGCAAGUGGCUUACUCACGGGACAAGACGCCUCGACAUUACUUUCAUUGUUCAACGAGCAUUACGGACGUUGGGUAGUGUUCAAUCCGUCAACGACCCCUGAGAGGCUUCUUGCUGAAGUAAGAAGCUCGCCUCUCCUUUUAUCUGCUUGCUGCUUGAUAGCAAUUCGUCAUACUACCCAAGACCUCGCAUCUAGAAUAGCCCCUCGACUUUUCCAGGAAGCGAAAGAGCUCCUGUCUGCAGCUAUGCUAGCCGUCCCACAAUCCUUAGACUUCUUCCAAGCCUCUUUGAUUAUGAGCAUGUGGUCAACGACCAUUUCUCAGAUGCCACUGAGCGUAGAUAGCUGGUUGCUUAGUGGUUUCGCACUUCAACACUCACUAGCUACGAACAUGUUUCGGCCAGUCACAAACAUGAGCGACCCCUCUGCCACUAGGAAAAGUGCCUUGGAUCGAUUGUGUGUCUGGAACCACCUUUGUCUGGUUCAUCUACAUUAUUGUGUGGGCACCCGGCGAAAGGCCAUGCUAGAUCGCCAGCAGAUCGAUCGAUGCCGCGGAAUUCUCGAUUCCGAUCACGUUACGAACUUCGAAUCGCGAAUGGUUGGUGAGGUCCACCUCUACUGGAUCAUCUAUGAAAGCUGCUGGGCUACACCCGUGGACCUUCCAAAGACUCAAGCUGCUUUGUGGAAGUGGAAAGAAGAUUGGAAAUUCCUAUUCGAUCAACCGAGGUCACAGUUUAUUCAAAUGGGCUUUCAUUUCGCACAACUUAUAAUCUAUGACCAGUCGCUCAAAACCCGCUCCGCUGCAGUAAGAGAAUCAUUACUGUCCGAAAUGGUACGUCUAUCGACCGCCAUUAUCAAUCUUGCAAUGGAAACCACCGAUGAUCGUACUCGACACUUAACCGACCACAUCUAUCACAUGAUCGCCUUUGCGGCCGUGACUCUUUCACGAAUCAUGCAUCUUUACGAAAGUCAACUGCCCGCAUCUUACAAUCUCGUUGAACUCGAUAACCUGGUGCUUUCCUUGGUCUCCUGGCUCCACUCCAUUGGACUUCCAUGCCACGUUGCAUACACUCUCGGCGAUGUCGUGGCAUCUUUUCACAAGAAACUCCGGCCGAAUGCACAGCUCAGCCCGACGAAUUCGUACGAAGACGCAGAUCCAUUCAGCCAAGAGGAUUUUGCGUCUUUGUUUCCCGAGUUAUUCGGCACCACGUCCUACGAAGGAAGCAUUGGCAAUCUGUUGCCGGACUGGGGUCCGAUUAACUAUCCCUCCAAUUAA